AUGGAUGCUUACUUAGAGAAAGAAGACUGGCACAAUAUGAAAUGGAAUGAUAUUAUUAUGCCAGAUGCUAAAUCACCCAUAUCAGCAAAGGGGGAAAUUUGCCCAAGCAGGCAUUAUCCAUUAGAAAAUGAUGAAAAUGCUGAUCAUGAAUGUUUUCUGAAUAUGGAACAGUGUGGAACACGUCCCUGUGCACAUGAUCCCUUAUCUUCGGACUUCGAAAGGAGCUUGAGGCUAAAUGAUGGAAGUGUGGAAACUGAGGAGGUGACGGAGAUGGUGGGAAGGCCAGAGGUGUUAGUGUUGCCAAAAAGGAUACCAUGCGAGUGCCCUGGAGAGAUGUUCGUUAUUUUAAGAGAUGAUGUUCCCGGAGAUUCGGUGGUCAUUGAAUUUAUAACAGAAAAUGAAUGGAUCAGGAUUGAACCAGAUUUUUGGAAUCAGAAAGUCAGGUUCAUCAAAGCUCUAGAUUUUCCUGCUGGCUUUGUAAAUGUAAAUAUCUACUGUGGAGGAGACAUUAAAGCCACAGUGCAGAUUGAAUACUACUCAACAGUGGGAGAGCUUGAGCAGAUGCUUCAGAAAGUGGCUGAUCCAAUUGCAUUUACCUGUCAGGCUUUCAAGUUUUCAUCAGCAGAGAAAAUGGAUAACGUUCUCACACUCUUGCUAAAGAGUUCAAUCAUUUCUCAUGAUUUUAGCAGCUUUCCAAAUGAAGUCAUGGAUCACGACCAGGAAACUGAUUCACAGUUGGAGGAACUUCCCACUCUUCUCCAUUGUGCAGCUAAAUUUGGAUUAAAGAAACUUGCUGGACUUCUUCUCCAAGAUCCCAAAGUCAUCCAAGCAUGUAGAAUUACUAACAAGUACGGAGAAAACCCAGCUCACGUUGCAAAAAAGUAUGGCCAGAAGGGAAUUUGGAAGGUCCUUAAAGAGUUGCCAAUAAGUGAAGACAAAAACACAAGGGAUGAGAAAGAAAUAAAAGCUGAGGAUGACAUUUAUGUGUCCAUGAUGAGAUCAGAUUCUCAUUCUAAUGGACUUGGCAGCCCAAGCAUAGAAGAACCACCUGGAGCCUGUUUGGAAAUCCAGAAGAAGAAAGGGAUGAAUGCUGAUGCAGAACUGAAAGAAUAUAAUGAGGAAGGAAUGGUCGAAAAAGAAGAAGGAAAUAAAUUAGAAGAAAAUACUUGUCACUUGAGAAAUAGCUUGUAUAGUAGCAUACUUAAGGAUGUCCCAGAAGCAAAGAGUGAAAAUGUCAGCUUCUCAGAGGGGCCACCCUUGCCACCCCGAAAUCAAUUUCUUGCCAGUAAACAAGCUGAUUUUUUCUACUUGUAUUCAGCCUUGAAUAAAGUGGAAGGCCAAGUGGAAAAUAAGGGGGCAGAGAGAGAGCCUGAGAUAAAUGGUUUUUCUGAUGAAAGAGAUGAGGAAGAUCCAUACACUUCUGCUGUGGUAAAUGAUGGUGUGUAUGAUGCUAUUAUGGAGAACAGACUUCAAGAGCAAAGGAAAGAUGGCAGAUCCUUUAUUAUGCAUCGGCCGCCUGCACCUGCCCCGCGUCCUUUGUCUGCUGCUGUGAAAGAGGAGGGCACUUCUUACAUAGCUCAAGUCUUUCAGCAAAAGGUGACUAGGACUCAUGCUGGUAAUGAGAAGCUGUUGAAUGCUGUCAGGAAACUAGGAACUCCAAUGACUACUAAAUUUAAUGAGAGUGACUUAAUCAAGGAAAUGGCCAUGAAUCUGAAUGGAGAUGUAGAUUGA